UUUCCUUAGAUCUAAUUAAGGACUUUAAUUAUCCCUUUAAUUAAAGUCAGCAUUCUCUAAUGGCUUCUUUAAAGAUUAAUGCUAUAGUUUUGUUUAUUUUAGUGAGUUUACUAAUUGGAAGCUCAUCAGCUCAACUAUCAACUGGUUUUUACUCAAAAUCUUGUCCUAAACUUUAUCAAACUGUGAAAUCAGCAGUGCAAUCUGCUAUUAACAAGGAAACAAGAAUGGGUGCUUCUCUUCUUCGUCUAUUCUUCCAUGAUUGCUUCGUCAAUGGAUGCGAUGGAUCGCUACUCCUCGAUGAUACAUCAAGCUUCACAGGAGAGAAAAGGGCUGCACCAAAUGUUAAUUCUGCUAGAGGAUUUGAAGUUAUUGACAAUAUCAAAUCUGCUGUGGAGAAAGUGUGCCCUGGUGUUGUUUCUUGUGCUGAUAUUUUGGCCGUUACUGCUCGGGACUCUGUUGUCAUUCUUGGAGGUCCCAAUUGGAAUGUAAAAUUGGGAAGAAGAGAUUCUAGAACUGCAAGUCAAAGUGCUGCCAAUAGUGGCAUUCCUCCUGCUACUUCUAACCUUAAUAGACUCAUCUCAAGUUUCAGUGCUGUUGGCCUUUCUACCAAAGAUAUGGUUGCCUUAUCUGGGGCUCACACAAUUGGACAAGCAAGAUGUACAUCUUUUAGGGCACGUAUAUACAACGAGACCAAUAACUUAGAUGCAUCAUUUGCACGAACUAGACAAAGCAACUGCCCAAGAAGUUCAGGCUCAGGGGACAACAAUUUGGCACCACUUGAUCUCCAAACUCCUAACAAAUUUGACAACAAUUAUUUCAAGAAUCUUGUUGACAAAAAGGGUCUUCUUCACUCUGAUCAACAACUCUUUAAUGGUGGAUCUGCCGAUUCGAUUGUGACAUCUUACAGUAACAAUCCUAGCAGUUUUAGCUCUGAUUUUGUCACUGCUAUGAUUAAGAUGGGUGAUAUUCGUCCACUUACUGGUUCUAAUGGAGAGAUUAGGAAGAAUUGCCGUAGGCUCAAUUAACGUUGAUUAGCAUUUUUUUUUUGUGUGUGUGAACUCUCCUGUGUGGGCUGGGUAAAUCUGCGUACAAUUGACUCUUGUGGUCCGACCCUUCCUCGGACCUCGCGUAUAACGGAGCUUAGUGUACCGGGCAUUUUGUGUGUGUGUGUGAACUGCAAACUUUGAGACUUCUUUAUUUUUUACAAUGUUUUACUUUCCUUUUAAGUUUCUUUCUUAAUAUGCAGGUUCAAUGUAUGUUACCUUGUCAAAGCUUAAAAGCACAACUUUUUCUCGAGUAAAGGACUGUAUUUGUAUCAUUGUUGGAAUAUUAUGAAUAAAAACACCCUUUUUGUUAAA